AAAAGAAGAAGAAGAAGAAGAUGAUGUUUAGAUGUGUGUCAUUACCUCUCAGCAAUGCAAUGACGAAAUAUUUCACCAUGGUACAUAGGAUUUAAUCGGAUAGUAAGCACCAAUCGAUCGUAUUUCUUGCCGACAAGAGUUGCUCUGGAUUGAGAGACCAUGGGCCGGCUAGAUGAUGCUGCCAAACGCAAAGUAGUGGAGCUGCGGAAAGCUGGUCUGAGUUUCCGUAAGAUCAAAGCUGUGCUGGAGCUGGAGAACAUCAAGGUGUCAGCCCAGGCCAUCUACCUGUUCCUGAGGGAGUUUCAGGGGAGGCCACCAGGUAGGGUCAGACCUGGGGAGGCUGGAAGCAACACAUUGUCAGCACAGGUGCAUAUUCCUGCUGGGGGAAUACGAGAGAGCUGGAGUAACAUUCAUCUCCAAAACCUACUACAGGAGGCAUGUUACAGUGCUGGCUUUCCAGCAGCUCCAGAUGUGGCCAAAAAGUCAUCCACAAAACCAGGUACUGAUGCAAAACCAUCUGGGUCCGGGGAAACCAGUGGACGCAGCAGGAUAGAGCAGCAACAUGAGGGAGAUAAGGAAGAAAAUGACAUCCAGAUUGUUAGUGUCACCUCUCUUGCGCACAGCAGCCAACAAACAAGUCCCCAGUCCACUGCGACAAGACCAGAGGCACAUGCUGUGUCUUCCACAGGAACAACAUCUGCAGCAUUCAUGAGGAGGAGAGUUACGCCUUCUCCAGCAACUAAUUCAAUGUUGGCAGCUCGUAAAAGGAUUCUGGAUAAAGCUCUGUCACACAGGAUGAAGACAUUCCACCAGGUGGCAGCAUUGGUGAGGAGAGAUCACUCGGGUGUCCAGGGUGCUGAUUUGAGGAAUGCAAUGCAACAACCGUCUGAAAUGUAUGAUCUGACCACUGAAAAGACUGUUGUGGAAUGUCAGCCUGGAGGAGGCGGUGUCCCGAGGCGUUUUUUUGCGGAAAGACCAGAUGUGUCUGUCCGUUCCCUUCACCCUCCCCCUCGCAUUGGAAUUAGGCUUCCUAACCGGCCACCAGCACCCUCAGCUCCUGGGGGUCCUGUCAUUCGGGGUGCCACUCGCAGUGAGGGGAACCCAAGCCCCCAGCAGGCAGUCCAAGACCCUGGAGUGAGAGGUGGUCUCCAGGAUCAGAUUCAGACUCUGAGCUCUGAGGUGCGCAGCUUGGGACUGGCCAUGAAGAUGCUGGUGGAGCAGCAGUGCCGCCAGGAGAGGGAGCAGGCGCAGCAGACACACAUUCAAAAGCAGAUCCUCAGCACUUUACAGAACCUGACUUCAAAACUGGGACAUUGUAGCAGAGUUCAACAACAGCACAACAAAACGCCAUCACCCUCUGCUUUGCAGAGCGCCUCUGCAUCUACCUCCUUCAGCCAAGACACCUUUAACUUUAGCCAAGGCGCGUACACUCAGUGCAGUCAAAUACAGCCAAGCUAUAACUCUUUGGAGAGUUUAGAACCUGUAGAGGCCUUUAAACUGCCAGGGCUGAGUCCUACAAGCAUGAAUGGGUUCCCACCAUGUAGCAGUACUGAGAGCCUCCCACUUAGUCACAGUCCCCCUCAAACACAACCGUACACAUACCCACAGCAAAACAGUCAAACAGUCAUGCCAUCCUACACACAGUCAUAUGUCUCUACAUUCAGCCAGUCACAUUCUCAGACAUACAGAGGGUCAGAGAGUAAAACAUCUGAUUUCCCAAGCAGCUGUUCAGGGAGGACUCUGCAGGACUGCAGUGUGACGCAGCAGGUGAUGAACUCCAAUCACUCUCAGCAGGAUCAGGAGGUCAAUAUUAUCAAAGUGGAGGGACCUUAGAGUUCUUCAGAUUCCACACAGGCCUGGGUGUCUCAGUUGUUGUGGGACCAUAAGGGCUUGGAUGCGUUUUAUAUAGGGAUGCACCGAAAUGAAAAUUCUUGGCCGAAACCGAAAACCGAUCGGUGUCGGUUGGGGGAGGGGUGCGAUCGGUGUCGGUCUAAUAAGCAGCAACACAGAGAUAUAAGGACGCUUUGCUCUCACACGCGCUGCAUUUAUAGUCACACAAACACACACACACGCAGACACUCUCUAGCCUUUUUCUGCGCUCUGCUCUUCUUAUCCUGUGCUGUGUGCUUCUCCGUCUCCAAGCGGGUUCUCCGCAUCCAUCGCGGCCUGGAUCAUUUCUCGUGCGCGCUGCUUUAAUCCCACAUCCAAAGUAAUGAUCUUUAUAACGCGGAUCAAGUACAGUCGCGAUGAAGUGCAUAGGAUCGAAAUAGAUCUCAGUGAAAUGUGUGCUGACAGACUCUAAGAGUGUACUUUUCAUAGUUUUCAUUCCGUGGUCCAUCUCAACCUCUUUGCUUAGAAGACACUUUAGUGCUGCAAUUAAAGAAAUAACGUCUGCUACAGAUGCAUCAGAGGAGCUGAUCUCUUUAGUUAGCUGUUUCAGUGAUAAAAAUAUUUCGACCGAAAAAAAUUUCGGUGGCCGAAUUUUCGGUGCAUCCCUAGUUUUAUAGUCACUUUAGUCUAGGAAUUUAAGACACAAACCUUUUUACAACAUAUACUGUAGCAUUUUUUUACUUAAUUUAUUUCCAAAGUACAUUUUGACUGAACACAAACAACAACAGAAUGAAGGGACAGUGUAGUAAUAACGUGGUCAUAACUAGGCACUGCCAGACUGAAAAUGACAAUUAUGUGCAAUUCUUGUUUAUUUUGUAUCUGUUUAAUUUGUAUCGCUAGGAAUGGCAUUUUGAACUGUUAGUUUUCAUACCUCUAUGCUAACUGCAAAAAAAAUAAAGAGAUGGUUAUGAUCCAAA